AUGACGACAAUCAUGGCUCUCUACCUCGCCUCCAGUCUCGUCUUCAUGGGCUUUGCCUCAGCCCAAGCUCCGGUGGCCCAACCUCUGGUGUGUCCUCUUACCAGGCUCCAACUCCAGGUUUGCGUCGACAUACUUGGCAUCGGCGUUAUCAUCAACCCCAGAGGGAACCGAUGUUGCACUCUCUUAGCUAGUCUUAAUAAUGAUGCUCUUGCGUCUGCAUGUGCCUGCACUGCCGCUAGAAUCAAUCUUCUCGGCCUAACUCUCAACGUCACUGUUAGAUUUGAUCAGCUCCGCAACCUCUGUCCUCGUGUGACCCCACUACCUGGUGGUGCCAUCUGCAACUAA